AUGCACGGCGGCAGUGCACGCCGCGCACCAGACGCAAGCCUCGCCACGGCCCGGCUCAUUUCACCCCCGUUUCGCGGCCUCCAACAGCAGACAGCCAUGGCAUGGAAUCUGCAAACGCCUGUGCAAGGACACUCCAUGAACCUGACUGAUCGCACCAUCGAGGAGAUGCUGGGCUGCGCCGACCAGCCGGCCGAGGCCCUGCGCUGGCGCGGCGCAACGCAGUACGACGGCUGGCGCGAGCCGCUGAAGUCCGGCCAGGGCUUUCGCCACCGCUACGACCAGGACGUCGGCGACGGCGGCUGGGAGUUCCAUCAACUCAACGACGCGCUGUCGGUCGCGGUGGUCGACUUCCGCGCGGCCUGCCCGAUCUCGCGGUCGCACCGGCACGACGACCACCUCGUGUUCUGCGCCAUGCUCGAAGGCCGCAGCACGAUCUCCGCCGGUGACGACCCGGUCGGCGACGACCUCGCGCAUGGCUUCUGCACCUUCUUCGGCCUGUCGCGCGGCGACGCCGUGCACACGGUCUACGAGGCCAACCGCCCGCUGCGCUACGUGUCGAUCUUCCUGCGCUGCGACAAGAUGCGCGACGUGCUGGGCAUCGACGUCGACGCCCUGCCCCCGAUCUUUCGCGACUACAUCCUGCACCGCACGCCCAUCGGCCUGAGCCACGUGCCACUGGGCAGCGGCGCCAGCAUCGCGGCCACGCAAGUGUUCGAGUGCCCCUACGAAGGCGAACUGCGGCGCCUGUACCUCAUCGCCAAGGCGCUGGAGAUCGCCUGCUCGGUGAUCCAGUCACAUGCCGAAGACGCCGAUGCCAACGGCCCCGGCCUGCGGCGCAGCGACAUCGCCAAGCUCAAGCUCGCGCGCCAGCUCAUCGAGACCAACCUCGACGAGCCGCUCAGCGUGGCCGACCUCGCGUGCACGGUCGGCAUGACGGUCAAGAAACUGCAACACGGCUUCCAGGUGCUGUUCCGCGGCAGCGUCGGGCAGGUCUACAAGCAGGUGCGCCUGUCCAAGGCGAUGGUGCUGGUCAGCAAGAGCGACAUGUCGAUGCUCGACAUCGCCAUCGAGUGCGGUUACGAAUGCCCGGGCAGCUUCGCGCGGGCCUUCAAGCUGGCCUACGGUUCCAGCCCCACGCUGGUCCGCACGAGCACGCUGCCACGCAACCUGGCCGAAUCGCAGUUCGCCCACGCGGUCUAG